GUCAAUUUUAAAUAUUUGGUGGCGAUAGCCAAUUUGGGGUCGUUGAAUUGGGGGCCGCCGCCUCUUCCUCCUCCCCGGCAGCUGGCAGAGACCAGCGCUGCCCUUGAUGGACGACGGAAGCUCAAGAUCGCGCCGCAGCAGCAGCAGCAGCGCCCCGCGGUUGGAUCGCAGCAAGGCCCUCAAAAACGUCGACUACGAUGCCGCCGCCGCCGGCGAUUCGGAGACUCCCCUACCUUCCCCCCAGAUCCGCCCCCACGCGCCCGAAGCCGAUCCCCCCAAUCUGAGGAUGCGCGGCUUCGACGGGGAGUUCGAUCUCAUCUGCCGCAAGCUCGGCUUCUCCGACCCGGAGGAUUUCGGCAUCCCGUCAGCCGUCUGGGAGGAGGCGCGGAAGGCGCGCUCGUCCUCCGACAACUUCCUAUUCACCCCUUCCCGCGAUUCCUUCUCGCGGUCUCCGCCCACGGUGUUGCCUGAUCGGAGAGUGUCCCUUUUCGUGGAGCCUGUGAACAGCGUUCCUCCUCCUACUGAUGCGAGAAGAGGAGGUGAGGGAGUCAAGCGAGCGGUUGAGCUUUCGGACAUUACGCUGCCGAAUAGGAUGGCGGGAUUGAGUCUCAGCCCCCCGCCGCCGAUCUCUCUGCCUCAUGUCGACGACCGGAGCUCUGCUUGGGAUAUUGUGAGGUCUUUUGCUCCCGACCAUGAUGAACAACGGCUAACCCAGGAGAGAAUACUGUCGGAAUCCGAAGAGGAUCAACUGACCGACGACGGGGUUGAUGAGGAUGGGAAGGAUAUAAGGAGGGGAACUUCUGAUGUAGAGUCGAGCCAUGAUGGAGAAAAUUUGAGUGUAAGAUUGGGCGAAACGGACAAUGAGCUCACAGAAUCGACGCUGGAGAGCCCUCACGACCCUUCAGCUGAGAGUCCUGGUCCUUCAGCGUCAGGGGCCAUAGCAAUAUCAGCAAAUGCAAUGUUGAAGAGGAGUAUGGUGUCUUGGACGAGAGGGGAACACCUUGGAAGUGGGUCGUUUGGGACUGUGUUUGAGGCUAUCAGUGAUGAUGGAUUUUUCCUUGCUGUUAAGGAAGUCUCCUUGCUUGACCAAGGAAGGGAUGCCCAACAAUGCGUAUCUCAGCUGGAGCAGGAGAUUGCACUCUUGAGUCGUUUUACACACACAAAUCUAAUUCAGUUUUAUGGGACGGACAAGGAUAGUUCAAAAUUGUACAUCUUCCUUGAACUUGCUAAAGGAUCUUUGGCAUCACUUUAUCAGAAGUAUCAACUGCAACAUUCUCAAGUGUCUGCUUACACAAGACAAAUUUUGGAAGGAUUGAACUAUCUGCAUAAUCAACAUGUGGUGCACAGAGACAUCAAAUGUGCAAAUAUUUUGGUCGAUGCAAAUGGAUGGGUGAAACUUGCUGACUUUGGCUUGGCAAAAGAGAUAUCUAAAUUGAACUGGACAAAAUCUUGCAAAGGAACUGUGUAUUGGAUGGCUCCAGAGGUUGUGAAGACCAAGCCGUAUGGACCUUCAGCUGACAUAUGGAGCCUGGGGUGCACUGUUUUAGAGAUGUUGACUCGUCGACCUCCUUAUCCUAACCUUGAAUGGGUAGAAGCUUUCUUUAAGAUUGGACGUGGCGAACUACCAGUUAUUCCUAAUUCCUUAUCCGCAGAGGCUCGUGAUUUCAUCAAGAGGUGCUUGCGGUUCAACCCAGACGAUCGGCCCUCUGCUGCUCAACUGUUGAAGCAUCCAUUUGUCAAACGAUCACAUCGAGAUUCUACAGGCCCUAGUCAUUUUUCACCAGCAGGAUCCAGGCCACAAUGAUUAUGAAUUGCCAUAGGGGAGUUUCGGCCUCAACCUUAUGCAUGUAUGACUGAAUCAUUGAGCAAUCUAUUGAUCUCAACUUGCGAGUGUCUUGCUCUGUCUCAAGGAAACACCGAUAUCCCAACACUGUUCUCAAGAAAUUUCUCUUGCUACUUACGAAACUGAUGCCUUGUGCUAUGCUGAGCCUUCAGGAUGAAACUCUGUAAAUAGCGACUCAUGCCUGAGACUGACUGUGUUUUGUGCCACAGUUCUUCCGCUGGCAUAGCAAUGAGAAUGAGCAGUUCCAACGUUGAAUCCCUGAACGAGCAGAGUGUCGGGGCAGAAUCAUCCUCAAAACCUUUGAUUUUGUUUAGACUGCAUUAACAUGCAUUGCAUGGACUGCUGCAACCUUCCAGGUCAGGAACCAACUUGUGUUUUCAGUUGCAUAUCAAUGAGAAUGAGCAACGCUGAUGUUGAAUCCCCAUCGACAAAUGAGGCAGUGUGUUGUCUUAGGCGCAGAAUCAUCCUUGAAACCUUUGAUUGUAUUUAGACUGCAUUAACAUGGACUCGAAGACUGCAACCUUUCAGGUCAUCCAAACCGAGCAAGGGUGUUUUAGGCAUAGAAUCAUCCUCAAAACCUUUCAUUGUGUUUAGACUGCAACCUUCCAGUCGAUGAGAAUGAGCAAUGUUGAUGUUGAAUUCCUGUCGACGAUGGUGCAGUGUGUCAUAGGCGCAGAGUUGUCCUUGAAACUUUGGUUUGUUUCGAACACUGUAAGUAGCAGCAGCCAAAAGGAGAGCUCAAGAACCUUUUCAAAUUAUUCCACAAGGAUUUGCUGAUGAGUUUCGAGAAAUCAGGAAUAUUUUUUCGCGUUACUUUAAAUAUUAAUUCUUGCAUUUCAUUUCA